GCAAUCUACAAGAUGGUCGGGACUGUGAUGAAAAUGCCUGAAGAUGAAUCAACACCGGAGAAGAGGACGGACAAAAUAUUCCGUCAAAUGGACAAAAAUUUGGACGGUAAACUGUCGAUUGAUGAGUUUAUUGAGGGGGCCAAAAGUGACCCUUCAAUCGUGAGACUGCUCCAGUGUGACCCCCAAGCCGCAGCACAAAGUUGAAACAAGCCUUGCCAUACAUGCUGGUGGGGGAGGAUGUCUGGAUAAAUGGGUCACGUGUGUCAGACUUUUUCUUCAUCUCUUUAAGAUGGUUGUGUGCUCUCAGUCUUUUGCACCUUAAGCAUCUUCAUUCUUUUCCCAACUGACCUCACAGUCCAGACCACACCUGGACCUGCCUGUCCAGUCCACACCUGGACCUGCCUGUCCAGUCCACACCUGGACCCGCCUGUCCAGUCCACACCUGGACCUGCCUGUCCAGACCACACCUGGACCUGCCUGUCCAGUCCACACCUGGACCCGCCUGUCCAGACCACACCUGGACCCGCCUGUCCAGACCACACCUGGACCUGCCUGUCCAGACCACACCUGGACCUGCCUGUCCAGACCACACCUGGACCUGCCUGUCCAGACCACACCUGGACCCGCCUGUCCAGACCACACCUGGACCUGCCUGUCCAGACCACACCUGGACCUGCCUGUCCAGACCACACCUGGACAGGCAUACCAUGGUUUGUUAGGAUGAGUGUAAUGUCCACAGACAGACCAACCUGGUUGUCUCACCUGAUACACAGCCUAUCAUUUGAUGAAAUAGGUCAAGACACAUAAAUAUGUGUCUUGUGUGUCAAGAUGCCUGUCUUGUGUCAAGAGCACCUGUCUUGGUGACCUGGAGCACCUGUCUUGUGUGACCUGGAAUGAUGUGACCUGGAGCACCUGUCUUGUGUGACCUGUAGCACCUGUCUUGUGUGACCUGGAGCACCUGUCUUAUGUGACCUGGAGCACCUGUCUUGUGUGACCUGGAGCACCUGUCUUGUCUGACCUGGAAUGAUGUGACCUGGAGCACCUGUCUUGUGUGACCUGGAGCAC